CCGGGAGGAACCAGGAAGCCGGGCGCGCUCGGGGCUCCGGGCGGGGGCGCGCGUCCCCGGAGCCCGAGCGCGAGAGCGGCGCGCGCGCGCGCGCCCCCGCGGGCCCCGGCGGGAGGAGAGUCGGCGGCCCAAGCCGUCACCCCGGGCGGGGACCGAGCGCCGGCGACGACGCGCUGAGGUCCUCCUGCACGGGGAGGGAGCGAGCGAGCGAGCGAGCGGGCGCAGGCGAGCGUGCGGGGCCCGAGAGACAGCUGGCUCUGCUGGGGCAGAACGAGGUUGUGAGCCAUGGCAAUGUGGAUACAGGCUCAGCAGCUCCAGGGCGAUGCCCUUCAUCAGAUGCAGGCCCUGUACGGCCAGCAUUUCCCCAUCGAGGUGCGACAUUAUUUAUCCCAGUGGAUCGAAAGCCAAGCCUGGGACUCAAUAGAUCUUGAUAAUCCACAGGAGAACAUUAAGGCCACCCAGCUCUUGGAGGGCCUGGUGCAGGAGCUGCAGAAGAAGGCGGAGCACCAGGUCGGGGAGGAUGGGUUUCUGCUGAAGAUCAAGCUGGGGCACUAUGCCACACAGCUCCAGAACACCUACGACCGCUGCCCCAUGGAGCUGGUCCGCUGCAUCCGGCACAUUCUGUACAACGAGCAGAGGCUGGUCCGGGAAGCCAACAACGGGAGCUCUCCAGCUGGAAGCCUGGCUGAUGCCAUGUCCCAGAAGCACCUUCAGAUCAACCAGACAUUCGAGGAGCUGCGCCUGAUCACGCAGGACACGGAGAACCAGCUGAAGAAGCUGCAGCAGACCCAAGAGUACUUCAUCAUCCAGUACCAGGAGAGCCUGCGGCUCCAAGCUCAGUUCGCCCAGCUGGCUCAGCUGAACCCCCAGGAGCGCAUGAGCCGGGAGACGGCCCUCCAGCAGAAGCAAGUGUCCCUGGAGACCUGGCUGCAGCGAGAGGCGCAGACGCUGCAGCAGUACCGCGUGGAGCUGGCUGAGAAGCACCAGAAGACCCUGCAGCUGCUGCGGAAGCAGCAGACCAUCAUCCUGGACGACGAGUUGAUCCAGUGGAAGCGGCGGCAGCAGCUGGCCGGGAACGGGGGUCCCCCCGAGGGCAGCCUGGAUGUGCUGCAGUCCUGGUGUGAGAAGCUGGCCGAGAUCAUCUGGCAGAACCGGCAGCAGAUCCGCAGAGCCGAGCACCUCUGCCAGCAGCUGCCCAUCCCAGGCCCCGUGGAGGAGAUGCUGGCCGAGGUCAACGCCACCAUCACAGACAUCAUCUCAGCCCUGGUCACCAGCACCUUCAUCAUCGAGAAGCAGCCUCCUCAGGUCCUGAAGACCCAGACCAAGUUUGCAGCCACCGUGCGCCUGCUGGUGGGGGGGAAGCUGAAUGUGCACAUGAACCCCCCGCAGGUGAAGGCCACCAUCAUCAGUGAGCAGCAGGCCAAGUCCCUGCUCAAGAACGAGAACACCCGCAAUGAUUACAGCGGCGAGAUCCUGAACAACUGCUGCGUCAUGGAGUAUCACCAAGCCACGGGCACCCUCAGCGCCCACUUCAGAAACAUGUCCCUGAAACGGAUCAAGAGGUCUGACCGCCGAGGCGCAGAGUCGGUGACGGAGGAAAAGUUCACCAUCCUGUUCGACUCACAGUUCAGUGUCGGUGGGAACGAGCUGGUCUUUCAAGUCAAGACCUUGUCGCUCCCGGUGGUGGUGAUUGUUCAUGGCAGCCAGGACAACAAUGCGACAGCCACCGUCCUCUGGGACAACGCCUUUGCGGAGCCUGGCAGGGUGCCGUUUGCCGUGCCUGAUAAGGUGCUGUGGCCGCAGCUGUGUGAGGCGCUCAACAUGAAGUUCAAGGCCGAAGUGCAGAGCAACCGGGGCCUGACCAAGGAGAACCUGGUGUUCCUGGCCCAGAAGCUGUUCAACAGCAGCAACAGCCACCUUGAGGACUACAGCAGCAUGUCCGUGUCCUGGUCCCAGUUCAACCGGGAGAAUUUGCCAGGACGGAAUUAUACUUUCUGGCAGUGGUUUGACGGUGUGAUGGAAGUGUUAAAAAAACAUCUCAAGCCUCAUUGGAAUGACGGGGCCAUCCUGGGUUUCGUGAACAAGCAGCAGGCCCAUGACCUACUCAUUAACAAGCCAGAUGGGACCUUCCUGCUGAGAUUCAGCGAUUCCGAAAUCGGAGGCAUCACCAUUGCUUGGAAGUUUGACUCUCAGGAGAGAAUGUUUUGGAAUCUGAUGCCUUUUACCACUAGAGACUUCUCUAUCCGGUCCCUGGCCGACCGCCUGGGGGACUUGAAUUACCUCAUAUACGUGUUUCCCGAUCGGCCAAAGGAUGAAGUGUACUCUAAGUACUACACACCGGUCCCGUGCGAGCCUGCCACCGCAAAAGCAGCUGACGGAUACGUGAAGCCGCAGAUCAAGCAAGUAGUUCCCGAGUUUGCUAACGCAUCCGCAGAUGCUGGGAGCGGCGCCACCUACAUGGACCAGGCCCCGUCCCCAGUAGUGUGUCCUCAGGCUCACUACAACAUGUACCCACAGAACCCCGACUCCGUCCUUGAUACCGAUGGGGACUUUGACCUGGAAGACACGAUGGACGUGGCACGGCGCGUGGAAGAGCUCUUAGGCCGGCCCAUGGACAGUCAGUGGAUCCCUCACGCACAGUCAUGACUGGACCUCACCACCUGCAGCUUCGUCGUCCUCCUGGAGGGACUCCUUGUGGAUGUUUCAAUUCCAUGAGUCGCUUCUCCUUGGAAACAAUAUCAUAAUGUGAAGUGUCAAUAGUAGUUGUGACGUUAGUGUUUCUGUGCAUCGUGGCACCACUGAAGGGCGUGUGUGUGUGUGUGUGUGUGUGUGUAUGUGUGUGUGUGUGUGGGAGUUUGCACGUACUGGUUUUUUUCCACCCCUCGCUGUCCAGUCUAAGCUGCAGCACCAGGGCAAAGCCGGGCUUGUUUUUACCUUGUGCAGAACAGGCCGUCGCUUCCCUGAACCCUGGAACCUGUCCAUGUGUCUUAAGGGUGGCUGAACUUUGACACGAGACUGUUGAAGAGAAGGACAAAGGGAGGAAAAAGCCUUCCCUCUCCAGGGAGCCUCCGCUCCGCUGCCAGGCAGUCCAUAGUCCACGCUGUCAUUGUCUUUGCCUGUCUUCUGAAGUGUAGAUGACUGUCUGUUGACGGAGAAAGCCUGUGCCUCACGAGUCCCCUGUCCCCUUUGCACACGGGGAUGGAAAGGGAAGCUGAAUGAAGAGUGCUGGGGCAAGGGUGCUCACAGGGUUUUCUAGAUGGGUGGUGGCUGUCUCUACCACUUAACCCAUCUUGACACUGGCUCCUUGCCCCCUGCUCUCUCAGUCCCCAUUUCUAGACUUGCCACUCAGCUUAUGUGUGUGUGCUCAAGUGGAUAUGUUAACCAAACAGUGGAAAGGAGGGAAGGCCACCCGGCCCAGGGCUUACAGGCGAUGCCCCAGGCUCUGCCAGCGUGGUGUGGUGUGCCCGGUCCCGACACUGAUGUGGCCUGUCUGUGCCACCCUUCCCCGCCCUGUACUUGUGGUGAGGCUGUGCCUACAACAUCCAAGGCUUUUCUCGAAGCUUGUUGAUAAUGGCUUUCUGCAAAUGUCCAAUGGUGUUUCUGUUUCGAAAUCAGGUCCUUUCUGUGUUUUUCCCAUCCGCACCCUAAUUUGACAUCAAAUUUCUCUCUUCCUGCAUCAGGUCCUGGGUCCUCUCUACCCAGACCACCUCUUUUUCCUUCAGUGUUACAUAGUGUCCUGAGGACUAGGUAGUAGGAACAUGAGCUGCACCUGGGGCUAGCCUGCCAAGCAGGCAGCCGCCACCGUGGGGUGCUGGGUGCUGUUGGGAGCUGGGGAAUUGCAGUCAGCAGGUUUGCUAGGAAGUCUGGUAAAGCUGUAGAAACAAAAUGAAAGCCUCAGCGCGAUUUUGUUCCACAGUCUCCUCUGCAGCGUCACCAGAAGGAAGGAAAGGGCUGCAGUGGGCAAGCAGAGAGAGGGGCCGGCAGAGAGCGGGUACCACUCGGGCCUGCAGAGCCCUCCCUGGCUUCCUCUCCCAAACCAAGGUGGAGCCACACCCAGGAGAGGAACCCCAAAACCUUAUUUUUAUACACGCAAGUAAAUAAACAUAUUUUUUUUACAAAAAAUAACUUCUGAAUUUAUCAGUGUUUUACCGUUAAAGGAAAAUACUCCUGUGUAGUAAAUUAUUUAUUGGAAGAUGACUUUUUAAAAGCUGCUGUUUGCCUUGGCUUGGUUUUGUACACUGAUUUUUCUAUGCCUGGCGGUAGCCUCUCUGCCUCAGGUGCUCGAUGGAUAGAGGAGGGGUGAGGCCCCUCAGGAGGAAGCUGGAACUGCUUGGGGAGCCCAAGCUGAAGGGACUCUUCCCCACCUGUCAGUCAAGUGGCCCAUUUGCCCCUGUAACCCUCACAAGGGUGUGGACUUGACAAACUUCUAGAUUUACGGUAGACGUGGCCCCAGGGCCUGGGGAGAGCAGAGCAGCCUGGAACCCCCGGAAGUUUCCGAGUUUACUCCCAAGUUGGGCUGGAGAAGCAGGUGCCAAACUGUAAGGUUUCCACACAGUUACCAAGCUACCCUGGAUUUCCUGAGGCUGUGCCUGGAGAGGGGAGCGUUUGUUUUUUUUUUAACUGGAAGGUGUGUACUCUAUCUGCAUGCUGGUCUCUCUCUUUGCCUCCACUCCUGCACACAAAGACAAGGUGAGGGCAGGUCUCCACCCACCUCUUGCCUGUUUGCACACCCACACGAGAGUCCUGGAAAGUCUCAGCUUUGGGUGUGGUGUGCAUGUGGGGCUCUGUGGGGGGUGGAAGGAGAUUCAAAGUGGCUCUUACAAGCAAAAUAUUCUUUUAUAAUUUUUCUUUUAAACAUUUUAUUUCAGAUACAUAUUUUAGUGUCGAGGCAGAUUAGUAUAUAGCCACCAAACAAGUAUUGUGUAUAAAUUGGGGCAGCCACAAAAUUGUGUAUUUUAUGUUACAAUAAAGGCGUCUUCUGAAGGAC